AGUAGGUGGUGUUUCGUUUUGCAACUUGACGCGGACGAAAACAAGGUAGCCUUGUGAUUAGCCACGUCAUGUAAACUUAGCGACCGAGCAGCACUUGACGUGAUACAACCCUGUUUCGAAACUAAGGAUUAUCUCCUUUUAUAAUUCAGUAUAUAUUUUGUUUAAACGUCCGUUGUAGAGCUUCUUGGCUCUGAUCAUAUGGAAAUAUGUCGGACAUCGGGGACUGGUUCAAAAGCAUCCCCCUUCUAACCAAGUAUUGGUUCGCUGGUUCGAUUGCUGUUCCCUUGGUCAGUAGACUGGGAUUUAUUGAUCCUAUGAACCUGAUCCUGUGGCCGGCUAAAUUCUUCGGUAAUUUUCAAAUUUGGAGGCCUCUUACGGCAACUCUAUAUUUCCCAGUGACUCCAGGAUCUGGGCUUUUGUACCCGGUCAAUCUCUACUUUCUCUAUCAGUACUCGAGCCGGCUAGAAACAGGAACAUUUGAUGGCAAACCAGCGGAUUAUCUGUUCAUGCUCCUCUUCAACUGGCUUUGCAUCGUUAUAACCGGCCUCCUCAUGGACAUGCAGUUGCUAAUGAUCCCCAUGAUCAUGUCAGUGCUGUAUGUCUGGGCCCAACUAAACAGAGACACGGUGGUCUCCUUCUGGUUUGGAACGCGAUUUAAGGCUUCUUAUUUACCGUGGGUCAUCCUGGGCUUCAACUGGGUCAUCCAGGGCUCGAUGGUGAAUGAGUUGAUAGGGAACCUGGUGGGCCACCUCUACUUCUUCCUCAUGUUCAAGUACCCCAUGGACCUGGGGGGACGUGCCUUCCUUUCCACGCCAGAGUUCCUAAAGCGGCUCUUGCCUGCAAGAAGAGGCGGGGUGUCUGGCUUCGGAGCCCCGCCCCCCAGGAGGGCGGCCCCCCAGGAGCCCGCCGCCGGGGGAGCGGGGGGGGGUCUGUUUGGCCGUAAUCACAACUGGGGGCAGGGCAAUCGUCUGGGAGAUGAUUGAAGGAAAAACAAACAAAAAAUGGGUUUUUGGGUGGGGUAAGGAGUUGUUGCCCCGACUCAGGUUUCUGCCACUGACGGUUGUGUGUGUGUGUGUGUGUGUGUGUGUGUGGCCACUUUAAGGUGGUUGCUUCUUUGCUUGCUUCUUGCCUGCGGAAGGAGAAGAAAAAUCGCUUUUCGACGAUGAUUAGAAUCUAAAAUGUUUCGGGAGGAAAGGACGGAUUGCGGUCGAUUUGGAGUUAUAAAUAAGUGCAAACUUGACCACUACAAGUCCAGAAGUCUUAAAUGGAGGAGAAGGCAGGAAGUUAUUUUGAGGAGGCAAUUAUUUUAACGGAGAAACCGCACACACUGUUACCCGAAGGAAUCUCUCGAGGGUUGCUCUAAACACAGUAGGAGCGCCAGCUUCUACCAACUUAGGAUUUGUCAAGUGCUAUGCAGAUACCGUUUUGGGCAAAAAGGAAAUUGAUAUUUUUUUGUAAAACAUUUUUCAGUCACUCAUGUUUUCCAUCCCCUUCUUCUUCGCUCUUCCUCGUUGCUUGUGUGUCGCUCAUGUCAUGCCAAGUUGUGAACCGGUCCAUGUUUCAGCCACUGGUUAAAAGAGUUGGUUGCCUGUGUGCAGCCAGUCUCACUGUACUCUGCUCGCAUCUUCUGUCCUGUUUCAUCUGUCCCUCCUUCUGAUGCCAUAUCCGGGGACAUUUAAUAAGACAGGUUGUGGAGGUCAUACGCUGAGGAACGAGCGAGUCACCCAGCUUGAAGACAACAGGCUGAUUUUUUUAAAAUAAUAUUGGUUUCAGGCCUUGUGUGCCUGGUCACUGUAUAAGUCUUUUGUCACAACGAAUUUGUUGCAAUUUUCAGCUGAGAAGGGAGAAAAAUAAAAAAAGAUUUUUGGUUUGUAAAUAUA